AUGCUAUUAAAAGCUCUCUUGGCAUUGGCUGCUAGACAUGAUGCAAUAAUUACCAACCGCGGCGAUAGUGAGGCCUCGGAAUUUCAUGGAAGUUGUUUAGAACUGCUGAUCGUCGCACUUGAUCAACCAGAGAAGACAUAUAAUGAUAAUCUCCUGAUCACUGUGGUGGUCCUUCGCUUCUAUGAAGAACUCGAGCGGAUAAGAGACAACAAAUGCCACCUUCUCGGGUCAAAUCGUCUUCUCAAUCUUAUGUCUCGUUCUUCCUCCUCUGGAGGACUGGCGGAGGCAAUCAGCUGGCAAUUUCUGCGCCAAGCCAUCUAUUCGUCCAUAGCUCAGAAUGAGCCAAUACAACUGGAUAUGCAGAACUACGAGCGUUCUUCUGUGUUUCGCCGGGGCGAUGAUUCCGCCCGUGCAAAUAGAAUCAUCUUUUUCUGUGCAUGCAUCAUUCAAAUGUGCGGUGCUGCACCCGGAUAUGUCAUCGAUCGGGGUAGUUGGCAGCGCUUGGCUGAUUGUGUAGAAGAAUGGUACCACAGCAAACCUAGAUCUUGGAAACCACUUAAAUACUGCCCCCCAGAUUUCUCCGCUGAUCGACCCUUUCCUGAGAUAUGGAUUAUGACACCCCCUGCUGUUGGAUACUGCCUACGGCAACCUGCUGAACAACAGGGGUCGUUGCGAUUCCUAACUUGUGUAGAGAAAAAUCUCGGAUGGCGCACCUCUUGGAUUGGGCAAGAAUUGCAGCGUCAAUGGAGGGACCUGGCAGAAUUUGACCCUGAAGAAUGA